UAGUAACAUAAUGGACGCAAUACAAAACGGUUGGUUCAGUGAAAUACAAAAUGAGUUAUGGCCGGGCCAAAGCUUUUCAUUACAAGUGAAAAAUGUUCUUCAUAAAGAAAAAUCGAAGAUUCAGGACAUACUUAUAAUUGAGACAGAAACCUACGGAACCUGUCUUGUAUUGGAUGGCAUUAUUCAAUGCACUACAAGAGAUGAAUUUUCAUACCAAGAAAUGAUUUCAUUUCUACCUCUAUGCUCUCAUCCAAAUCCCGAGAAAGUUCUUAUUGUUGGUGGCGGUGAUGGUGGUGUAGCACGUGAAGUUUCCAAACAUCCAAAAGUUAAGGAGGUGCACCAAAUUGAAAUAGACGACCGUGUUGUGGAUUUGUCCAAAAAAUUCCUUCCAAGAAUGGCUAGUGGAUUUAGUAGCCCCAAAUUAAAACUUAUGAUAGGCGAUGGCUUCCAAUAUAUGAAAGAGCAUAAAGAUGAAUUCGAUGUUAUUAUUACGGAUAGUUCAGACCCAAUUGGUCCUGCAGAAAGUCUAUUUAAUGAAAGCUACUUUGGACUUAUGAAAACAGCUUUGAGGGAAGGCGGAAUAGUGUGUUCCCAGGGUGGAAGUUUUUGGCUCGACCCUGAACAUGUAAAACACGUGUUAUCAGGUUGCCGGGUCCAUUUCCCAAAUGUAUCGUAUGCUGUUACUUCAAUCCCAUCAUAUCCUUGUGGACAUAUUGGAUUUGUUAUCGGUUGUUUGGACGAACGACGUGAUUUGAAGACGCCCAUUCAAAAGUUUAAUUCGGAAGAAAUUGAUGCAAUGGACUUAAAGUACUACACGAGUUCCAUUCAUAGAGCUUCCUUCACUCUUCCUCGAUGGAUUGAGAAAUAUUUUUAUGAAAUGUAA